AUUAUGCUGCUUGAAGUAUUCCUGGUUCUGGGGACAGUCGUCAUCAUCAUCUUCUUCUUCUUCCCUUCCAAGAAGAAAGAAGAGACAUUACCCUUCCAAGAGGGAUGGUGGGGCAAGGGACAAAAGCCUGACACUGAAGAAGAUACAACUGUUCGGCCCUUUAAGGUGGAAACUACAGAAGAAGAGCUGAGCGACUUAUUUAGGAGACUUGACCGGGCUCGAUUCACUGAGCCACUGGAGAACAGUUGCUUUCAUUAUGGGACCAACUCGGUGUAUCUCAGGAAGGUUGUCUCCUACUGGAGAAACCAGUUCAAUUGGAAGAAACAAGUUGAAGUCCUCAACAAGUACCCACAAUUCAAAACUAAGAUUCAAGGCAUUGAUAUCCAUUUUGUUCACGUAAAGCCGCCUCGUUUGCCUGAAGGACAGUCUGCAAAGCCAUUAUUAAUGGUUCAUGGUUGGCCUGGCUCAUUUUACGAGUUUUACAAAAUCAUCCCUCUCCUGACGGAUCCUGCCAGCCACGGCCUCAGUGACGAACAUGUUUUUGAAGUCAUUUGCCCAUCUAUCCCUGGUUAUGGUUUCUCAGAAGCACCUCACAAAAAAGGCUUUGAUUCUGUAAGUGCUGCUUCUGUUUUUUAUGAAUUGAUGCUCAGACUGGGAUUCAAUGAGUUCUACGCACAAGGUGGUGACUGCGGCUGGCUCAUCUGCACCAAUCUGGCCCAGAUAGCUCCCAACCAUGUGAAAGGUCUCCAUUUAAAUCUAGCCUUAGUUAUGAAGAUGGGAUUCACUCACCUGCUCUCCAUUCUGCUGGGCCAGUAUCUUCCAGGGCUCUUCGGGUUCCAGGAUGAAGAUGUUAGGCGGAUGUUUCCCUUCCUGAAAAAAGGGCUCUACAAGAUGUUGUUGGAGUCUGGCUACGCUCACAUACAGGCUACAAAGCCUGAUACUGUUGGCUGUGGUCUGAAUGACUCUCCUGUAGGACUGGCCGCGUACAUCUUGGAGAAGUUUUCUACAUGGACUGAUCCAGAAUUCCGUAACUUAGAGGAUGGAGGACUAGACAGGAAGUUUAACCUGGAUGAUCUGCUCACCAAUAUUAUGAUCUACUGGGUGUCAGGCUGUAUGGUCUCCUCAAUGCGUUUCUACAAAGAAAAUCUGCAGAAAGGAAUAGGCACACAGAAACACGAAAGGCUCACAGUACAAGUACCUACUGGCAUUGCCUCCUUCCCUAAUGAAAUCAUGCACACACCCCAGGCUUGUGCCCAGAAGAAAUACACCAACAUAGUUUCCUUCCACUUCAUGCCUCAAGGUGGCCACUUCGCAGCUUUGGAGGAACCUGAACUUCUUGCUGAAGAUAUUCUGCAAUUUGUUGGGAAAGUAGAGAAAGAGCAGCUUUGGAGAAAGAAAGGAGAAUAACUCCCCUAAAAACCAGCAGGGUAGUUCCUUAUAGCUUAGCACAUGUGGCCUUACCAAGUUUACUGUAACCGGUGUAAUUAGAUCUUGUUCUUGACCAGAUGUGAGA